AUGGAUAAGUAUCUGAAAAACAUUCUUGUUGUUUCUUUUGGAUUUUUGCUUUUGUUCACAGCCUUUGGAGGGCUUCAGAAUAUACAGAGUAGCCUCAAUGCAGACGAUGGUUUAGGAGUAGCUUCCCUGAGUGUAAUCUAUGGAGCACUUAUUAUCUCUUCAAUGUUUGUUCCACCAAUUAUGAUAAAGACAAUUGGAUGCAAGUGGACCAUUGUUGCUUCUAUGUGCUGUUACAUCACAUAUUCCCUUGGAAAUUUCUAUCCUAGCUGGUACACACUCAUUCCCACAUCUGUGAUUUUGGGAUUUGGAGGAGCUCCCUUGUGGGCUGCAAAAUGCACAUAUCUUACAGAGAGUGGAAACAGAUAUGCAGAGAAAGCUGGAAAGGUUGCAAAGGAUAUUGUCAAUCAAUACUUUGGAAUAUUCUUUUUAAUUUUUCAAUCAUCUGGUGUUUGGGGAAACUUGAUAUCAUCUUUAAUAUUUGGUCAGACUCCAGACGCAGGAUAUAAUGUUAGCGUUACUAACUAUACGCACUGUGGAGCAAAUGACUGUCCAGCUAAAAGUAUCAGCAGUGGAAAUGAUACAUCUUUACAUCGACCAUCAAACAGCCUAAUAUACACUUUACUGGGUAUAUAUACAGGCUGUGGAAUCCUAGCUGUUAUACUUAUUUCUACAUUAUUAGACAACAUUGAUUUAAAAACUGCACAGAAUAAUGACGAGACCAAAAAAGAAUCCUUUUGGAUGAAAAUUGUAGAGACCCUUAUGCAACUAAAGGAUAAACGUCAAUGUCUUCUCAUUCCUCUGACAAUUUACAGUGGUUUAGAACAAGGAUUCCUUUCUGGUGACUACACAAAGUCCUAUGUGACAUGCAGCCUUGGAAUACAUUUUGUUGGAUAUGUGAUGAUUUGCUUUGCAGCAACUAAUGCUCUUUGUUCUUUGCUGUUUGGGAAACUCUCUCAAUAUACAGGAAGAAUAUCCCUUUUCUUCUUUGCUGCAGCAAGUAAUAUCGCAUGCAUUAUAGCGCUGCUUUUGUGGAAGCCUAACCCAAAUCACCUGGCAGUGUUCUUCAUACUUCCUGCUCUUUGGGGUAUCGCUGAUGCUAUCUGGCAGACGCAAACCAAUGCUCUCUAUGGAGUAUUAUUUGAUGACCACAAGGAAGCUGCUUUCGCCAAUUACCGCCUUUGGGAAUCAUUGGGCUUUGUCAUAGCCUUUGGAUAUAGCACAUUCCUCUGUGUAUAUGUAAAACUGUACAUUCUACUGGCAGUACUAAUUCUUGCAAUGUUGAUGUAUGCAUGUGUUGAAUAUGUAGAAUAUAAAAAAGUACCAAAUCGUACACCACAAAAGGAGGACAAUAAUUCCUUACAUAUUCAGACACAGAUGUAAUUUGUAUUUGCUACAUUACAAUAGGUGACAGGACACCACAAAGCACUUUAGUUUAUUUAGAUGUUAUUCAGCCUGAAAUUAGACAGUGAUAUUACCUCAAUAUGCUAAAC